UUUUAAGAUGUUUUGUGAAUUAUUUGUAUAAAAUUAUAACAAAACUAUUUCAGUAUAAUAACACAAUUAUGCUUAGGACUAGACUCAUACGAGCCAUAUUCAAGGGGUCUUCACGAAAUGUCACACAUAUAGUUUGCUUUAAAUGGAUCCACUCUAGUCCAAACAUAUCUAUACACUUAAGAAGCAGAACAGUAAGAGAUCUGCAGAUAUUUCAACAUGCACGUAGUAUCCGUACAACAAAAUGUAUCUACGGUAUAGAAGAAGUGAAAGCACCGAACUUCCCUGACUCUGUGUCCAGUGGUGACGUGAAGUUGAUAAAGAAGGAGGGCGAUGCUGUGGCGAUGGAUGAAGUAGUGUUGGAGAUAGAAACGGACAAAACGGCACUGCCAGUGAUGUCCCCGGGUCACGGCACCAUCGCCAAGAUGUUGGUGAAGGAGGGUGAAUCAGUCAAGUCCCAACAACCCCUGUUUCAGGUGAAUGUGACGGGAGUGGCUCCGACAAAGGCUGCAGCAGCCCCCGCGCCGGCUGCCCCCGCCCCCGCCGCUGCCCCUGCCGCUGCCCCUGCCCCUGCCGCUGCUACGGCCUCUGCUGCCCCCAAGCCUGCAGUGGCCACCCCCAAACCAACUGCAGCAGGACCUGCAGUAGUAAAGAAGGCAGCCGCUGGACCCACGCUUGCUGCGCAGAAGCUGGGUGAUCCAACAAAAGUGAUAUCGGGCUCGAGAACAGAGCUGCCGGUGCCCAUGAACAGGAUGAGAAAACGUAUUGCUGAGAGACUCAAGGAGGCGCAGAAUACAUGUGCCAUGCUGACUACAUUCAAUGAGUGCGAUAUGAGCAAGCUGAUGGCCUUCCGAAAAGCAAACUUGGAAACAUUCACGAAGAAAUAUGGCACGAAAUUGUCUUUCAUGUCGCCGUUCCUGAAGGCUGCAGCAAAUGCCCUGAUGGAUCAGCCAGUAAUCAACGGAGUCAUCAUUGGAGAUGAUAUAAUUUAUAGAGACUACGUCGAUAUAUCAGUCGCCGUGGCAACACCAAAGGGUCUGGUCACACCAGUUCUGCGUAACGUGGAGUCUAUGGACUAUCCGCGAAUAGAGCUCAGUAUAGCCGCACUCGCGGAAAAGGCACGGAAUGGUAAGCUGACACCAGCUGACAUGCAAGGUGGGACAUUUACAAUCAGCAAUGGAGGUGUAUUUGGAUCUCUGUUGUCUAUGCCUAUUAUAAACAUGCCACAGUCUGCUAUUCUUGGAAUGCAUGCUAUAGUACAACGGCCUGUGGCGAUAAAGGGAAAGGUGGAAAUUAGACCAAUGAUGUAUCUGGCUUUAUCGUAUGACCAUAGAUUGGUCGACGGCCGCGAAGCUGUAUUCUUUCUUCGAAAAGUAAGAUCGGGAGUCGAAGAUCCAACUUCAAUUUUGGCGGGAAUUUGAGCAAUACUAUCAGAGGAAUAAUUAUUUCUACUCUUUGAGUGAUGAUCUCUCUCUAUGAUCAAUGACGGGUGAUAUCAAUCAAAGUUGCCAGCUCAGAAUAUAAGGAUAAAAGUUAUCUUUUUGGACCGGAAAUAUUGUUUUAAGCAUUUUCUGUGUUAAUGAAAAGCUCAUAAUCAUAUUGAUUUCUAUAAAGUCAUGAAAGUUUUAAUAAUGUACAUAAUCCUAAAGUAUUCCUUAGAUUGUCAAUAUAUUGUUUUAUGUUUG